CCGCGCUCUUAAAGGGGACGCGCCUUACGCCGGUCUCUUAAAGGGCCAGCGCACCUCGUACUGACGUCUUAAAGGGCCAGCGCGCCUGGGGCUAAGCUCGGAAGGGGCCGCCCCUCCAGCAGCAGCGGCCGGGCUCCCCGCCGUGGCCCGGGCCCGGGCGAAGCUGGGUGGGCAGGAGGAGUCACCCUGCUGAGGCCACGAACCUGGUGGUGAGGUGGAGGCGAGAGCCCAGCUUUGGGCCUCGACCAGCCUGGGGUGCUCGCGGCGAUGGAUUCGGGGCUCGUCCCCUUCCCGCGGCGUCGCCCAGGGCUCUGCGGGAUGCUCCUGUCCGCACCCAACUCCGCAUCCGUUGACCUUGACGCCAUGUCCACGGGUGGAGCGGACCCGAGACCCAAACGCCGUCCCGCCAGCAAGGCCCUGGUGCGAGGGACGGCUGCUGGGGGCUGAUGCAUGAUGGCCCACAGCCAGUCUCGGAAGCGAUCGCGAAGCAGGAGCAAAAGCAAGUCUUGGAGCAGACAGGAGAGGAAGGAGAAGAAAAGGAGGAAAAGCAGCAAGGACUCACACCGGGGCAGCAGGUCUCCUCCAAGGAAGCGGACCUCUGGGUCUCACAGACACAAGUCGAGUUCAGCGGCAGCUAGGGAAGAAAAGAAGAAGGAAAGAAAGGAUAAGAAGAAGAGGAAGGCAAGUACCUCUUCCUCUGAGACAGCAUCUUCAUCCACCGGCUCCUCCUCGUGUUCCUCUUCUUCCAGCUCCUCUUCUGAUGACUCCAGUGACAGUGACUCCAAAACAAAGAAGAAGCGACAUAGCAAAAAAAAGCGAGCAAAACCAAAAGACAAAAACAAGAAGAAGAAGAAGAGAAUGAAGAAGAAAUCAAAAAAGAAGUCAAAGGAAAGGGCUAAGGAGGAGAAAGCCAAGGGAGAAGCGGUGCCUGGCCCCUCGCUGGAGCAGUGGCAGAAGGAGUCACUGGUGGACUCUGGACCAGUUUUGACAGAUGAACAAAAAUCCCGAAUCCAGGCUAUGAAGCCAAUGACAAAGGAAGAAUGGGAUGCAAGGCAGAGUGUCAUAAGGAGAGUCGUGGAUCCUGAAACGGGGAGAACAAGGCUUAUUAAAGGAGACGGCGAAGUACUGGAAGAAAUUGUCAGCAAGGAGAGACACAAGGAGAUUAACAAGCAAGCCACCCGGGGGGAUGGGCUGGCCUUCCAGGUGAGGACAGGGAUGCUGCCAUGAGCACGCAGGCGCCAGCCAUGCCGGAAGCCUGUCCUGCUGCUGGUGCCAGUGCAGGCACAAGCCCCUGUCUCUGGACGAUGCAGACAGCACCACAUCAAGAUGCUUCCCCAGGGGCAGUUUCCAGCCAUUCUGUAAGUUACUGACUGGGAAGGAAAGUGACUUUAACAGUUCAUCGCCCAGUAAACAGCUUCUCCCCCCCCUCUCCUGACCUGAGCCAGUGUGGCUGUAACGCAUUUAGAGCUACUUGCCCCGAUGCCCCUUUCAAGGCUGGAGGAGGUCAGCAGCACCCAGGGCACAGGCUUGCUGGUGCUGAGCACCUAGAGGUGCUGCUGUCCCUCAGCUCUGGGCUUUGGUGGGCAGGAGCCAGCGCGGCACCAAGACAGGGUAUGUGCUGGGGCUGCAAAAUAUGCAGCUGGCUGCCACUUCCUUCCCUUCAGGGGCUGCUCUUGGCCCCUUCCUUGCUGGAUCUGCAUGCCCCAUGCUUACCUGGUGCUGCGGGCUCACAGGCCCUUUGCACUCGCCCACCCCGCUGAAAGAGGAGCAACUGUGCUGCUGCAUGGCUCUGCUCAGGCUGCAGCUGUCCUCUGCACCUUCAAGUGCCACCCUCCACUGCGCCUCAGGAGCUUUACUCAGCCUUUCGGCAGCUUCAUCUCAUCGGGUGGUGCUGGGGGGACCGCUGACCUGGCAUGCCUUGCUGGGGUGUGGGCAGGCAUGCUUUGCAGAGGGGUGGCUUUGCCUUGCUGUCUGUUCCUGCAUGCGACUUGUGUCCCUUCCCUAUGGCGCAGGCCCCAGGCAGCAUUAGGGCUCUGGGCUUCUCAGGGCCUGUGCCUAUGGCCGCUGUGAAGCAAACAGCUCGCCUUUUCCCCACUGCAAAGUCCAUAAAUCUACAAACUGUUAAAAAAAACCAAAAGAAAUGACAAAUGUAUUAAAGGACAAAUGGGUUCUGCAGGACUGAUCUGCAUGGAGGGUUUCCACAUUCUGUUCAUCGCUGUAACCCCAUUAAACUGGCGCCUGCUCACAUCUUGGGUUUUGCAACUUGUCUGUUUCUAGAGUCUCCAAAAAAAAAAGCAGACAGAGAAGAGCCUUCCCAUUUCUUUAAUCUGUGUAACUCACAAUGAUACUGUACACAAAGCACACCCAGGCAUUGGAACGAUGCACUAACAGCAAGGAGGAGAAGGAAGUUGUACAGAAGGUUUGUCACACACAAGCGAGUCAUCGGCACGGUACUGUACACACAGGGGCGUACCCAGCGCGGCUGCCGGCGCCCUCGGGCAUGCCCUCCAGUGGUUCCCCACACACACGUCUGUUACCCCUAAAGCAAUUUUUUAUAAAUAAAAUAUAACUAACAUCGUUGGAAUAUAAAAUUGACAGUCGAGGGUAUCAACAGGCAGAGGGUGCUGAGGACAGGGAGGGGACCGUAAGGCUUCUAGAACUAAUAGGAAAUGCAGCAAACGGUGGCGAUACCUGAAGAAGGGGCUGCUACAGCAAGCACGGCGGCUGCUGGGCGGA